CGUCUGAAGUGCGGGUAGUGUCACGGCAUAUGGUGAUCCGCUCCAUCCAGUCAGCUUCAGCCCAGCCCAGCCCUUCCACAAUAAACCUCAGGUUUUUAACCAAAAAUUAACGGUGGUACAGUGAAUAACAAGUAAAAAAAUGGAUGAAGAAUAUGAUGUGAUUGUCCUAGGGACUGGAUUGAAGGAAUGUAUCUUGUCUGGAAUCAUGUCCGUGAAUGGAAAGAAGGUGCUUCACAUGGACCGGAAUCCCUACUAUGGAGGAGAAAGUGCAUCAAUAACUCCUUUGGAAGAUCUGUUUAAAAGGUUCAAGAUUGCUGGGAGUCCUCCAGAAUCCAUGGGAAGAGGCAGGGAUUGGAAUGUAGAUCUGAUCCCUAAAUUCCUUAUGGCAAAUGGUCAGCUUGUUAAAAUGCUGCUUUAUACAGAAGUUACCCGUUACCUCGACUUCAAGGUGGUCGAAGGAAGCUUUGUCUACAAAGCAGGGAAAAUCCAUAAAGUCCCAUCCGCAGAGACUGAAGCUUUAGCCUCUGAUCUGAUGGGUAUGUUUGAAAAACGCCGAUUUCGAAAAUUUUUAAUAUUUGUAGUCGGUUUUGAUGAGCAUGACCCGAAAACAAACCAAGGUGUUGAGCCACGAAAGACUACUAUGCGAGAGGUCUACAAGAAAUUUGAUCUUGGACAAGAGGUUAUCGAUUUCACAGGACAUGCUUUGGCUCUGUACAGAACAGAUGAUUACCUGGACCAACCAUGUCUGGAUACCAUCAAUCGCAUUAAACUAUACAGUGAAUCUUUGGCACGGUACAGCAAGAGUCCCUAUCUUUACCCACUCUAUGGGCUUGGAGAACUGCCACAAGGCUUUGCUAGAUUGAGCGCUAUCUAUGGGGGCACUUACAUGCUUAACAAACCAGUGGAUGAAAUUGUGUAUGAGAAGGGGCGUGUGGUGGGUGUCAAGUCUGAAGGGGAGACUGCUCGUUGCAAGCAGCUGAUCUGCGACCCCAGCUAUGUACCCAAUCUGGUGAAGAAGGUUGGAAAGGUUGUCAGAGUCAUCUGUAUCCUCAGCCAUCCUGUCAAAAAUACUAAUGAUUGUAACUCCUGCCAGAUUAUUAUUCCACAGAUGCAAGUCAACAGAAAGUCGGACAUCUAUGUUUGUGUUGUGUCAUAUGCACACAAUGUCGCAGCCGAAGGCAAGUACAUUGCCAUUGUCAGCACUACUGUGGAGACCAACAAUCCUGAGAAGGAGGUUCAACCAGCUCUAGAACUUCUGGAUCCUAUAGACAAAUCAUUUGUUUCAAUCAGUGAUUUGUACCAACCAACAGAUGAUGGGCAAACAAGUCAGGUUUUUAUCUCAAAUUCCUAUGAUGCCACCACCCAUUUUGAGACAACAUGUGAUGACAUAAAAAGCAUUUACAAGCGAAUGACAGGCACAGACUUCGACUUUGAGAACAUGAAGCGCAAACAGAAUGAUGUGUUCGGAGAUGAUGCAUAAUAGCCGUGCAUUUGGUUGUGUUCUGUUCCUUCAUAGCACUUUCAUAUGAGAAUACUUAUGGAACUGUUAGUGAAUUAGAUUUCAACUUCCAGAGAUGCGUACAGUUGUCCAAAGAAACACCCACCUUUUUUCAUUUUGAUUUUGUAUUUCCAAUGUUUUUAUUGUAGUUAUGGGGCGGGAUGCAAGAAAGAGGCAAGAUUUCCAAGUCCAGUCUGGCUUAUGUGGUCCUGUACUUAGUAGUCAAAGCUCUGCGUGCUUGACAAGUUUGUCAUAUUAUAUUGGUGCAUCUGUUAUUGUGAAGUUGGUCUUGAGGCCCAUCUGUAUGAUGAUUUUGGAGUCUCAAUUUCACUACAUACCCACUAUUUGCAUGAUUGUAAAAGUUUAUCUUGUCCUAUGAGUGUAAACAGAGGGUUUCUGCAAACUGUUCUCACUGAAACUUAUUAUUCUGUAAUCUACAUUCCCAUGCAUUAUUGUACAGUUGAAUCAACAUACCAUGUAUACUUUUUUCUUGGUACAACUGGAGGAGUAACUCUUACUGUGAUAUGUACUGUUACUGAUCAGUGUUCAGAGGAUCUCCUAAGUUUCUGACUUAUUUAUUAAAAUAAAUCAUAAAUCACUCAUUUAUAAGGCCUCCGAAGAUAUGUACAAUACCUUCCAAUCUGCACAUAUUACAGGGCUAAUUACGAAGGAGCGUUGCAGCUUUGAAGUAUUCGGACCAGUCUUCUCAAUGUCUGUUGUGAUUUGGUACAGACUAGCAAACAUUUGGUUUUGCUGAAACUCUAAGCCCUGCAAGCAAAUGAGUGAGCAAUGUGGCAAGUCCCAACUUCGGGAGGGCAGAACUUUCAUGUCUGAAUUGAACCCCCAUGGCUUAUUGUUUCAAUGAAGACAUGACCAAUGAUACUCAAGUUAGUUAACAAGACAAACAGUAAAACCAAAACCCUAUUUUGAAUCUUUUCUCCAGGACAUGUGUUCCUGGGAGGAAAGAUACAGCAAAAACACUAGAUCUAGUUUGAGAAGCAUUUGUGAUGUGAAGGGGUGUGCAAGGAUAGAUUUUAAAUUCAAUGUUAAGAUGAAAAGGUUGAUUUUAAAAAGCCUUUUUUUAAAAAAUGAACAGGCAGUGGCUAAAUACUUGAUGAAUUGCAAAACUAUUGACGUUUUAUAAUUAGUACUCCUUGCUUAUCUUUUUGCCUCUUUUGACAAAAUUUUGUCUGUUAUUUGUUACUUCCACUUUUUGUGGACUUUCAUUUAAUUUCAGCAAAUGCAUAUACCCUGUCGAAGAGGCAACAAGGUAACUGUCCAGUUUGGAUUCCAAACCUAUGGUUAGCCUGGACUGAAGUGAUUAAAUGUGAUAAGAAAAUGGUCUGCCCGUCUGCUGGUAGGAGAGUGGGUUGUUAAUUGGAAGGCUGUAGGCUAGAAUUUAAUACGAUGAUGGAUAGUCUUAGAAUUUUGCUUAAUUAACUUUUUGAGGAUCCAGAAAUACUUAUGGUUUACUUUCAGGAGAUUGGGUCCCAUCAAAUGAUGGUGUGGAAAGCUUAUAGGACAAACAACCUCCCAUUCCUGUGUUUUCUUGUUGACAUUUUACAGCUCUUGAAAACUGAAUUAAAUGAAUUUAACUUAGCGUGAAUUGUUUUUGAUUAAUGUUUGAGAGAUCGUACAUCAAAUUGCACAAAACUAAUUUUUCCUGAAUGCAAGGGAGUAGAAAUGAAACAGGCUGGGCACAAAACUCCAGAUCAGUCUGACAGAACAUCACAGUUUCCAGAAGCUAGAUCUCAUCGGCCUUUAUCAAUUGGCUAUUUCUAUAUUGAUUCAGCAGAAAAAUUCUUACAGGAAAGUACAAAUAGACUUAAUUAUCAAGGUUUCAGUUAGCUUCUCAACUAGUUUUUAGUUGAUAUUGUGUACGGAUUUAGCUGCUUAGUACUUUCAAAUACAUGAGGUACUGCCUUUGUAGCUGGCUCUUGAAUUUUUAGUUAUGGUUAUAUUUUACACAUAACUCAAGAUACUUUGUUUCUUUUGUGGCAUAAAACAGGCAGUCAGCAGAUAAACUUAGUGAACUUUAUGCCUGCAGAACAGUGAGCCCAGCAGUGUAACUCCAGUCACAUUUCAACAGUUCUACGUUGUUUCUGUCUCCCCUCUCUGGCUGUGUGCGUGAGCAAGGUAAAUUACUGUGACCGAAUAAUACAUAGCCCUAUUCUAAGUGUUACAAUGACCUCCACAUACAAUGUGUGUGGGGGGGAAAAACUGUUUUGAUUUGCUUAGUUACUGGAUUCUCUGUUGUUUAGUUGACUGAACCGUUUCUUUUUUUUGUUUUAAAUAAAGUACUUCAAAUGAGAAUGAAAUAGACAUCAGUCAAGCAUUCUUGCAAACUUGAAACUUGGCAAGGAAUGCAUUUUUCUUUCCUCAUCCAUUUUGACUUGUAGAAAUCUUACGACAGACUGGCAAGCAACUGAGCACUCAAUAAGAAUAAUGUUAGAGUAGGGGUGAGUACUGAAUGAGAUCUCUUGGUUCGAGAAUCACUAGUACUUGUAGUUUACACCAGUGACCCAAAUUCAGAAACCUCUGCGUAGUCUUCAAUUUUUGUGAACCCCAACAGACCAGGAGCACCAGGGACUUAGGGGAGGCAGCUAGAAUUAAUCUAUUAAACUUGCAGUCAUGUGACAAUAGGGGUUUCAGGAUUUUGACCAAGUGUCAGUGAAAUAUUAACAAUACAGUUGCAUGUUGGGAUGGUGCGUGACCUGGAGGCGAACUUGCAGUUUGGCAGAGUUCGGAUGUCUUUCCUACUUUACCCUUCAAGGUAUUGGCAAUUGCAGGUUUGGAAGGUGGUGUAAGGGGAUCCGUGGUAAGUUGUUGCACUGUAUUGUAUGAUGUUAUACAUGUGCUAUUGUGAAUCAGUGUUGAAAGUGGCAGAUGGAGUCAGUAUGUUCUUUUAAUGAAGCUUUGGUGAUCUGAUACCUCUUCACGUCUUUUUUUGUUUUGUUUUUGCUUUGAAUGUCAAGUGAAUGCUCCACCAGAGAGCCAGAUUAUUUUUUUAAUGUAAGAAGACCAUGUGCUGUUAAUCAUAAUCUCAUUUCUUGGCAUAAUAGAAGUUGGGAUAUUUGGCAGAUUGGUAUUUUGGUUCCAUGCAGAGUUUGUGUAUCAAUGUGCAGCAUGAUGCACUGAAUCCCCAUCAAUACUUGUAGCUGAGUUUGAGACUAGUUAUUUAGUUUCUGAGGGCAAUAGUUUUCAUUUCUUCAGGUGAGUUAAGAUGGACAUGUAUGUAAUUUCUCCUGAUAUGGAUUACACUUACGAAGCAUGUGUGCGCUGUCUGACCUCUUCUGAAAAUAUGCAGAUGGUAAUCAUUAAUGUUUUAAACUAUGCAUCAUGUCACAAAUACAUGAGCAUUAAGACCAUGAUACUGUUACCAAGUGGCUAGAUUUGAUUUGUCUGGGAGGGUUUGAGUUCUCGACAUCCUUACUUGUUAUAUCAUGGUUGAAGAGAUUAGCUGUAAACCAACAUGUCAGUGUCAACUUGCUGACUUAAAUGGACAAAAUCUAUUUUACAGAUUUUAACCAGCUACUUUUAUAGUUACUAGUGUUUCGCUGAAUACCUUGCCUUGAAAGUAAUUUUUGCUCUUUGGACUUGUGUGAAGAUUUAUUUGGUUUUUUUUCCUUGGUUUCUCCCUUUUAUUCCCACUUGAUUUUCUUGUAAUUUAAUUCAUUGAUCUCGUAAUUGCAAUGAAAUAUUAUUUGAGACAUAUGAUUGGUAAUUUUGCACUUAGUAGUUGAAAGUGUGGCAUUCAUAAUGUGGAAGAAUUUCAAACUACUUUAUUUGUCUUGCAACGUGCAUAAACCCGAACUUGGUUGCGAACGCAAAGUUACACUCUCAUUCAGUUAAUUUCUGGUUGUACUUUCAUACCUUCAGUGGAUCAGGCCUUCCAUGGAUCUAUCCAUCCUCGCAGGCACAGUGUUAAAUAUUACAGCACUGAGCCAAUUAAUCUAAACACCUGAGGCUCCGUUCAUUUGUGGAGAUGGGUGACAUGGUAGAAAAGUCUUGUGUAAUACAUUCAUUCUGCUGAGAAGUAAAUAGGCCCUGUAAUUGCUUUUCCAAGGGGAAUGAUGAACAAAAGCACAAUAAGGAAUGUCUUCAAAAAGUUCCCACAAGUAGAAAAUCACAUGUCAUUCUCCUUUGCCUUUAAACACAAAUAGAUCUGAGAUUUGGUGAUGUGUUUUGGGCAUACCAACCUGUUCAGAGAAAAUAUUUGUUAUUAACAAAAUAAGGACUAAACCUUUUUACGUACAAUGAAUUUGACAACACUGAUCCCCAAUGAGACCAAUAACUUUCAAACCAAUUUUUGAACUUCCAGUUAAUUGACAAAACAGAUGACAAAACACACUUUCACACUGGUUUUUACUAUAAACAAGUUGAGAGCACUUGACUAAACACUAUUUCUGCAGGCAUCUGUACUUUAGAACACAGUAGAGCUUAGCCCUUGCUCCCUUAAAACAGCGGAUGAACCCUCUUUACAGAUGUUACACUGUCCUUUUUUAAGUAGAUGUUCAUUUCUCUGGAAGCACUUCAGUGUGAUGCUUUGAGCUUGUGGGUUUGUUUUCGUUCUUUCCUUUUUCUGGUAGUCCAAGCACACGCUCUCCUGCACUCUGCUUCAAGCCAGGGUUGAUCUCCUAGCCUGACAGCAAUGGUAGAUCAAGGGGAAUUCUGGACUGAGUGGGUUUGGGUUGUGAUUGGAAACAAUUCUGCUGCCCACAGUGCCCCUUGAUCUUUAGCUACUUGACCCGUUAUAAAUCUAUCCCACUUAGCAUGUUGAUUGUGUGUACACACAUAAUCGAAUCCUUAGUGGGAAGGUAGGACUCAGUCUUCCAAAGGAUUGCAUGUUGGUCACACUUUGUACUAUCGUGGACCGAUACAUCCGUGACGGGUAGACUGAUGCAAUAUCUGGUAGAUUUUUUUCCUUUUCCUUUCUUGAUUCCUUCUCCAGCUGUCUUUUUUAAUGUUCCUUUGAGCAUUGUUAGUCCUUGAGCUAUGAAAUCACUUGCAAACAAGUCGAAGUAACAGGUUGCUUAUCUCAGUUGGAAUUUGUGCAAUUGGCUCUGUGCAAACGUUUCGCUACUGAAUUGAUUACAGUCAGAUUCUUCUAAAGAAGCAAUUGAAUGUUUAGGGGACAAACUAAGGGUAUGAAGGUCAGAGUAGCACUGUUGCCUCAGAAUGCAAGUUUUUAGGUCCAAAUUCCUAUUUCAGAGUCUGUGUUUUUAAAAAAAAACCAAAGUCAACACUUGGUUGAGCAUUCCAUCUGAUACGAAAACAGAGACUUCUCUGCCUGUUCAGGUCGCUGUAAAAGAUGACAUGACACUACAUCAAAGAACAGGAGACUUCUCCCCAGUUUCCCGGCCUCUCCAUGAUCUCUCCAUGAACAUCACAAAUGCUCAUUUAAUCACACGAGUAAUCAUGUUGUCAUAAAAGUUAUGUUGUUGGAAUAUGCGUGCUGCUGUUCAGUAGUUGAUGUAGAAGAAGCUGAGACACUGUACAAGUGUAAGCCUUUAGUAUAUCCCCUGCACUGACUAGGGCUGAGAAGCCCAAUUAUCUGGUUCAUACUUCACCUAGCAGAAAACUCUCCUUUUCAGCUGAUAUCCUGCAGUUAACCUCUGGAUUGUACUCUUUCUCCCUCUUCUCUUCCUCUUCCUCCCCCCCCCCCCCAAAAAAAAUGCCAAGAGUUCAUUUUCAAGUAACUGUUAAGCAGCUUUUCCAAGUAGUCAAGCUUCAUUUUGCAGUCUAGAUAUUUGUACGAGCAGGCUCAUUUUAGUGAAAGGCAUGAAAUUCAUCUCUGAUAUCAAACUCAAAUGUCCACUUACCAGCAGGGAGCAUUGGAUAAUGAUUAAGAAUAGAGUGUUUAUUUGUGUACUCUGUCCAUUGUUGCCACAGCUAAAAUCAAGUACAAGCACAAAUUUCUUGUUCUGCAUAGUUCAGUCUUCUGAACAGUUGUCCACUAAACCACAGGCAGCUUUAACCAUUGUUGAGCAGAGACUAAAAGGUUUAUGUGAUUACAUUGACCUUUUUAAUGAGUCAUUCCUUAAUUAAGUGAUUGUUAUUAUGGUUUAAACAAUAAAAUCUUAGUACUAACUUCAAAGAUGCACUUUUAGCAAAAUAUUGUAUUGAGUGUUUAUUCUAUUAGAUACCUGUGCUUGCUGUGUGUGCACCAUUACUCUCUGUGGCAUGGGAAUGCCUAAGUUUUAGAUGGCUUGUGUACUGCUCUGUACUCGACACUUUCCCAUGAUGUAGAAAAUGAGGAUGUGCUUCUGUUCUCCAACAUUUAAAAACAUUAAAAAAUAUUUAAAACAAGAA